AUGGGGAAAAGUGGACAGAGAAGUGGAAUAGGACACGGGGGUUGCAGCUUGGUGAGGAUGUGCACCACGCCGGGGAUCCUGCUCCUCCUGGUGCUCGUACACAGAGGAGUCGCCCAAGUGAGAGAUGAGGAUGAUUUCCUGAGUCUCAGCGAACUCCCGGAAACCUUUCCCUCCGACCCUCCGGAGCCCUUACCUCACUUCCUGUUCGAACCCGAUGAAGGCUACAUUGUCAAGAAUAAACCUGUUAAUCUCUACUGCAAAGCGACGCCUGCCACGCAAAUUUACUUCAAGUGCAACAGUGAGUGGGUCCAUCAGAAGGACCACACUGUGGAGGAGAGGGUGGACGAAAACUCAGGUCUGGUCGUAAGAGAAGCCAGUAUAGAAAUUACACGGCAGCAGGUGGAGGAGCUGUUUGGUCCUGAAGAUUACUGGUGUCAGUGCGUGGCCUGGAGCUCCGCUGGAACCACCAAAAGCCGCAAGGCACACGUCCGCAUUGCAUACCUGAAGAAGGCAUUCGAACAGGAACCCCUGGGAAAGGAAGUAUCUCUGGAGCAGGAAGUGCUGUUACAGUGUCGCCCUCCAGAGGGCAUACCAGCUGCUGAGGUGGAGUGGUUGAAGAACGAAGAAAUAAUUGACCCAGCAGAGGACAGAAACUUCUACAUCACCAUCGACCACAACCUGAUCAUCAAACAGGCACGUCUGUCUGACACAGCCAACUACACAUGUGUGGCUAAGAACAUAGUGGCCAAAAGACGAAGCACUACGGCUACUGUCAUUGUUUACGUGAACGGUGGUUGGUCGACAUGGACGGAGUGGUCGGUGUGUAACAGUCGCUGUGGACGGGGAUUCCAGAAACGAACCCGCAGCUGCACCAACCCCGCCCCUCUUAACGGUGGACUGCCUUGUGAUGGACAGGCCAUUCAGAAACUGUCCUGUACCACACUGUGCACUGUGGACGGUGUGUGGACAGACUGGAGUAAGUGGUCGGCCUGUGGGACAGAGUGUACCCAGUGGAGGAGGAGGGAGUGCAACAACCCAGCACCUAAAAACGGAGGAAAGGACUGCGAGGGGCUGGUGCUCCAGUCUCAGAACUGUACCGACGGACUCUGCAUGCAAAGUUCAUUGUUUCAGAUGUCAACUGAGACCAAAGAAAAGAGUGAUUUGGGAAUCCCAUCGGCUCCAAGCACGGAUGAUGUGGCGCUCUACGUGGGCAUUGUCAUCGCAGUGAUUAUGUGCCUGGUCAUCUCUGUCAUCGUGGCGCUCUUUGUCUACCGCAAGACGCACCGUGACUUUGACUCAGACAUCAUCGACACCUCGGCACUAAAUGGAGGCUUCCAGUCUGUUAAUAUCAAAACAGCCAGAUCAGCUGAUCUACUGACAGCUCCUCCUGACUUGACAAAUGCAGCUGCCAUGUAUCGUGGUCCAGUGUAUGCCCUCCACGAUGUUUCAGAUAAAAUCCCAAUGACCAACUCCCCGCUCCUGGACCCUCUACCCAACUUGAAGAUCAAAGUCUACAACUCAUCUAGUCUGGUCACACCGCAGGAUGACCUUGGAGGAGACUUCACAUCCAAACUGUCUCCUAAGGUAACUCAGUCUCUGUUGGAUAACAGCGACACCAUGAACUUCCGCAACCAGAGCUUGGCCCGAACACGAGACCCUUCCUGUUCCGCUCAUGGAUCCUUCAACUACCAGGGAGGACACCUCAUCGUACCAAACUCUGGUGUGAGUUUGUUGGUUCCAGCGGGUUGUGUUCCUCAGGGUAGGGUGUACGAGAUGUAUGUGACUGUGCACAGGAAGGACAGCUUGAGACCCCCGGUAGAGGACAUCCAGACAGUGCUGAGCCCAGUGGUGAGUUGUGGACCUCCAGGAGCCCUACUGACCAGACCAGUGAUCCUCACCAUCCACCACUGUGCUGAUAAUGUCCAGGAAGACUGGCUCAUACAGCUGAAGAACCAACUGGCCAUGGGAGAGUGGGAGGACGUGGUUGUUGUAGGAGAGGAAAACUUCACCACCCCCUGCUAUGUGCAGAUGGACUUGGAGGCGUGUCACAUCUUAACAGAGACACUGGGGACUUACUGCCUGGUGGGCCAGUCAAUCUGCAAGGCAGCCGCCAAGAGGCUCAAACUUGCUGUGUUUGGACCCGUUUCCUGCACAACUUUGGACUAUCACAUCAGGGUCUAUUGUCUGGACGACACACAGGAUGCACUCAAGGAGGUUCUUCAGAUGGAGACCCAGAUGGGAGGGAAGCUUCUGGAUGAGCCAAAGACCCUGAACUUUAAAGACAGCACACACAAUCUGAGACUGUCCAUCCACGAUGUGCCACACACACAAUGGAAGAGCAAACUCCUCGCAAAGUAUCAGGAGAUCCCAUUCUACCAGGUGUGGAGUGGAAGUCAGAGAACUCUUCACUGUACCUUUACCCUGGAGAGACUGAGCCCAGCCACCACAGAGAUCAGCUGCAAACUGUGUGUACGGCAGGUGGAAGGGGAAGGACAGAUCUUUCAGCUCAGCAACACAUUAGAGGAGGAGGUCCAGUGCAUAGACACGUCCUUGAUGGACCCAGCCAGUAAUAUCACAACCUUAGUGGGACCCAAUGCCUUCCGCAUUCCUUUAUCCAUCAGACAGAAGCUCUGUGGCAGUCUAGAUGCACCACAGACCAGAGGCAACGACUGGAGGAUGCUGGCACACAAACUCAACCUUGACAGGUACCUGAACUACUUUGCCACUAAGUCCAGUCCGACAGGUGUGAUCCUGGAUCUCUGGGAGGCCCAGCACUUCCCGGAUGGAGACCUAAAUGAAUUGGCCGCUGUGCUGGAAGAGAUGGGUCGCCAUGACGGUAGCCUCGCCUCCAUGACAACGGAACACUGCUGAAGCAUCGUGGUUACCAUGACAAUGACAGAACUCUGGAGACGAUUACAUGCAAAUUCUUUACGGUUGAUGCUGCAGCAAGGGCAAUGAAUGAAUUCGAUGUGAGCAAAGGCAGUUGUCGCCAUGGUGAUUGAGCAGCGGUUAAAUACCAUGGUAAUCGUGCAGCGUUAGAGCAACGUUGCAGUGUGCUGUGUGAUGGAAGGAGACAUAACCCAAACCACAACACAAACACAGUCUAUCAGGAACAAACAAAACAUACACACACCUAAAAAAAGACCUUUUCUGGUGUAAUACUAGUUGUUUUCUUGUUGUUACUUUAUACUGAACAAAGAAAAGCAGAGAAAAGAAGCUACAGAGGUACUGACCCUGACAACCUCUAUAGGAAUGGAACAGAAUCAUAAAGGGAGAGAGGCUAAACUGAUUGCAAACGAGUGGGAGAAGUUAGAGUGAGGAAAAAGGAGUGAGUCAGAGACAAGACUCUUAAGGAAGACACGAGUAAACAAAGGGAGAGGAUAAGCUGAUUACAAAAGGGAGGGAGGACAUAAACAUAAACUGAUGGAAGAUGCCACAGGUGAUCAUCUGUACGAACAGGAUGUAAAAAAGAUAAUGAGAGAGGGGAGAUAAAGAAGUGAUCCCUCACUUGCGAGCCUUGGCUGUACGUGUUUUGCCAGUACAGUUUCUUGUCUUUAUAUCGUUUCCUAGGGAAAGCUCUAUGUAUUCUGCUGUCCAUAUUUGUGGAUCGUUUCUAGCUAACAGAAUUUGCUACACAGUGACUGUCAAUCAAGGCUCCUGACAAGAAACAAGACCAAGACCACAGAUUUCCCAUUUUUAGCUGACUUCAUAAGUGACUUUUAAAUUUGUGUUGUAUUAAGUAUCAAGUUUGUGGCUUUCCUCCAAAAUGCAUGCAGAUAUUAAAUCCUCCAGAUCACAGGAAGUCGAGAAGUACUAAGUCAAAGGCAACUGAACUUGCUGUCCACUUGACUUUAACUUGUGCCUCUGACUUUCUAAAAAGGACAGUCCAAAGAUGACAACACUCCUGAUGGAUUCAAUUAAACACCUAUUUCUUGUUUUCAGUUUUUUUGCCAGUAUAUGAUUUUGACGAACUUGUAAAACUGUCUGUUUAGAGGUAUAUUCAAGAUUUCACCUAUGAUAAACAGGGCAAAGAUGCAGACUGUCAGCUAUUCAUUCUCAUAUAUAGGAUAUUUUAUGUUUGUUUUAUUGGAGUUAGCAUUUGCUCAUUUUAAAAUUGUAUACUUUUGUUGAGGUAAAUUAAGAAAAAGCAAAACAAAUUUUGCAGUUGUUGGUGCACUCACCCAGAUCUUCAAGCUACAAACGCAUUCCUUAACUAAAAUCAAGUUUUAACUUGUGUUGCUGCUGCUCCAUUCCUCCCCAAAGAGGAGUAGUUUGGACAAAGUUGUAGUGCAGAUGCAGGUUGGGGAAUUCCAGCCAUGGCUACCACAUCUGGUUGAUCACAACCUCAGUUCCAGGAGUGUCUCUGAUAGAUUGUCACGGCUUGUUUCUGGCCAGGGUCCAACUCAGAGAAAACUGAAAGGAAGCAAAAGGGAUGAACUAAAAAGAUAAAACACUAGUGUUUUUAAAUACAGUAAUAUACAAACUACCAUAGUAUUAUGUGAUAGUGAGUUGAAUACAGCUGAUAUCAUUCAUUACCGCUAAAUGUAUGCCAUUUACUGAUUUUAUCAAUCAUAUUUAAUUUACUUAAAUAUAUCUAGCCUACAGAUACUUCAUAUUUUGUCAUAUAAUUGGUUCUCAUUACAGGAUGACAGUUGUGUCUGCCGUCAGGCCACAUGUGAUUUCAAUUGUGGUCACCACCAUGACUUGGUCAUGGUCACUA